GCAGAUUUUAGACCGGUUACGCCGAUACCGAGGAGAACGCCGGGGAAUAGUGGAUUUACGGUGACCGGAGCCCUCGUAUCUUUUCACCGGACUGUCACGGUGACCGACCGGGACGACGGAUCCAGCCACCGACCGGAUACAACGGGCAAGAACUUCAAGAGGACGGGAGCGGGGCCAUUUUGUGCAACUUUGGAGUUGUCGGCUGCGGUACGGCAGGGGUCGCGGGAGAAGACUUCACGGCCGAGGGGGACCCCCGAGCGGCCCGGUUCCACAUCAGCGACCGAAGCCCGGGGAGCCGGAGGGCGGCGUGUCGGCCAGCAGGGCCGCGGGAGGUCUGAACCUGCGCAGGGAGAAGUGAUCACUGGGGGCCGGGACAUCCGGACAGAGACCUCAUGAAUGGAAAUCGGAACAACAGGAGACGUUGGAGCACCGGCUGAACCCAAAGUCCUUUUCUCGUUGCCAAAGCGGCCUUGCUAUGGCACCCUUGGGAAGCCCAUCAAGCUUUUGGCCAACUGCUUCCAGGUGGAAAUCCCCAAGAUCGACGUCUAUCUGUACGAGGUGGACAUCAAGCCGGAUAAAUGUCCUCGCCGGGUCAACAGGGAGGUGGUGGACUCCAUGGUCCAGCAUUUCAAGGUGACUAUCUUCGGCGACUGUCUGCCAGUUUACGAUGGGAAGAGAAGCCUCUACACUGUUAGCCCACUUCCUGUCGCCACUGGCGGGGUCGAUCUGGACGUCACCCUGCCAGGUGACGGUGGGAAGGACCGCCCCUUCAAAGUCACCAUCAGGUUCGUGUCGUUGGUCAGCUGGCACAUGCUGCACGAAGUCUUGACGGGACGCGCCGUGGCCGAGCCGGUGGACCUGGAGAAACCCAUCAGCACCAACCCCGUCCACGCCGUGGACGUGGUCCUAAGACACCUGCCCUCCAUGAAGUACACGCCCGUCGGACGAUCCUUCUUCUCGGCCCCGGAGGGCUACGACCACCCGCUCGGUGGAGGGAGAGAGGUCUGGUUUGGAUUCCAUCAGUCGGUGCGGCCAGCUAUGUGGAAAAUGAUGCUCAACAUCGAUGUGUCAGCCACAGCUUUCUACAAAGCCCAGCCCGUCAUCCAGUUCAUGUGCGAGGUCCUGGACAUCCACAACAUUGACGAGCAGCCCAGGCCUCUCACCGACUCUCACAGGGUCAAGUUCACCAAAGAGAUCAAAGGUCUUAAAGUGGAAGUGACACACUGUGGAACCAUGCGCAGGAAGUACAGAGUCUGCAACGUGACACGACGCCCCGCCAGCCUCCAGACAUUUCCGCUGCAGCUGGAGAGCGGUCAGACGGUGGAGCGGACCGUGGCGCAGUACUUCAGAGAGAAGUACAGCCUGCAGCUGAAGUACCCCCACCUGCCGUGUCUGCAGGUGGGCCAGGAACAGAAACACACCUACCUGCCCCUGGAGGUGUGCAACAUUGUACCUGGACAGCGCUGCAUCAAGAAACUAACGGACAACCAGACAUCGACCAUGAUCAAAGCUACAGCCCGCUCUGCCCCUGACCGGCAGGAGGAGAUCAGCAGACUGGUGAGGAGCGCGAAUUACGAGGCCGACCCGUUCGUCCAGGAGUUUCAGUUCCGCGUGCGAGACGAGAUGGCUCAGGUGACGGGCCGCGUGCUGCCGGCCCCCAUGCUGCAAUAUGGCGGCAGAGUGAGCUCCGAGCCUUUUAUGUCCCAGCAGAUCAACCCUGCGCUGUCAUUGCAGAACCGCACGGUGGCCACGCCCAGCCACGGCGUGUGGGACAUGAGGGGGAAGCAGUUUCACACCGGAGUGGAGAUCAAGAUGUGGGCCAUCGCCUGCUUCGCCACCCAGAGGCAGUGCCGAGAGGAGAUCCUGAAGAGUUUCACUGACCAGCUGCGCAAAAUCUCAAAGGACGCCGGCAUGCCGAUCCAAGGCCAGCCGUGUUUCUGUAAAUACGCCCAGGGAGCCGACAGCGUGGAGCCCAUGUUCAGACACCUGAAGAACACCUACGCCGGGCUGCAGCUCAUCAUCGUCAUCCUGCCCGGGAAAACACCCGUCUAUGCUGAGGUGAAGCGCGUGGGCGACACCCUCCUCGGCAUGGCAACCCAGUGUGUGCAGGUGAAGAACGUGGUGAAGACGUCCCCUCAGACCCUCUCCAACCUCUGCCUCAAGAUCAACGUCAAGCUGGGGGGCAUCAACAACAUCCUGGUUCCUCACCAGCGACCAUCUGUGUUCCAGCAGCCGGUCAUCUUCCUCGGGGCGGACGUCACUCAUCCUCCAGCGGGAGACGGGAAGAAGCCGUCUAUUGCAGCGGUGGUGGGCAGCAUGGACGCCCACCCCAGCAGGUACUGCGCUACGGUGCGCGUCCAGAGGCCGAGGCAGGAGGUCAUCCAGGACUUGGCCUCCAUGGUGCGAGAGCUCCUGAUCCAGUUCUACAAAUCGACCCGCUACAAGCCGACCAGGAUCAUCUUCUACAGGGACGGCGUGUCGGAGGGGCAGUUCAGACAGGUGCUGUACUACGAGCUGCUGGCCAUCCGGGAGGCGUGCAUCAGUCUGGAGAAGGAGUACCAGCCGGGCAUCACUUACAUCGUCGUGCAGAAGCGCCACCACACGCGGCUCUUCUGUGCAGAUCGCAACGAGCGGGUUGGACGAAGUGGAAACAUUCCUGCCGGCACCACCGUGGACACCGACAUCACCCACCCCUACGAGUUUGACUUUUACCUCUGCAGUCACGCUGGAAUCCAGGGAACGAGCCGGCCGUCCCACUACCACGUCCUGUGGGACGACAACUGCUUCACCGGCGACGAGUUCCAGCUCCUCACCUACCAGCUGUGCCACACUUACGUCCGCUGCACGCGCUCCGUCUCCAUCCCGGCGCCGGCCUACUACGCCCACCUGGUGGCCUUCCGCGCCCGCUACCACCUGGUGGACAAGGAGCACGACAGUGCGGAGGGCAGCCAUGUCUCGGGGCAGAGUAACGGCAGGGACCCCCAGGCGCUGGCCAAGGCGGUUCAGAUCCACCACGACACGCUGACCACCAUGUAUUUUGCCUGAGCGCCCCCCCCCCCCCGUGCCGGUGCAGCUCCUGGUCCGGUGAGGCCUCGUCGGAGGGAGGAGUCACAGCCACGUUAUGCAAGUUGAACCCAGCCGGUUGCUCUGCAUCUCUUCGUCUCCUCGUUCCUCUCCAUGGAUCCUGUUCCACUUUUUAAAAGUCACAUCCCCCGCUUUCCCGUUUUGACAGCAGCGCUAAAGUCUUUUUUUUUUUUGCGUGUUAAAAGAAAAGAAGAAGGCGAAAACACAAACUGGUGAUUCUUCGGAGCGGAACCGGUGAGGCCCGGCGUCGCUCCGCAGCCUCGCGCUGAGCCCAGCGGCGCCCGUUUGACAUGUUUGUGACGGUUCAUCUUUUCUCGAUGCUGUCCGUGUUCCCGCUCUGCUGCCACGGCAACAGAACGUUCGUAAACAACAACAACAACUCAAGCAUGACCCAUUUUAUCAAGUCGCCUCCACUCCACGCGGCGGCUCGCCCGUCUCCUCUCAGCCGGCCGCUCCUCGACUCGUUCGGACCCCGAGACGCAGAGCACUGAAUGAAAGCUUCACUUUUUAUUAUUUAAUGACAUUGUUUGUUUUGUAGACAAAUCCACGUGCAGCCGUCGACGAAGCAUUGUACAUCGAAUGAGGCCUUACCGCGAGGCGCCGCACGAAGACGACUGUCGGACACAACGCCACCGCUCUCUCUCUCGCUCUCUCUCGUUCCGCUUGUGUGCAACCAAACCUCGUGCUUUUUUACUCUUCUCGCUAUUUAUGAAUCAUCUUUUCUUUCUCACUUUGAAUGGACAUCCGGCAACGGAGCAGAGCGGCCGGCGUGUCCUCGAGACCACGAGACGGGUUCCUGACACGGAGAGCCGACCGGUUUCAGGCCGCGGAGAAACGGAGCGAGCCGGUCCGGCGGGCGGCGUGUGCCCACGAGUACGAGUGAAGCCGCGGCGGCGUUCGGGGAGAUUUAAACAAAGUGCCUGAUGUGGUGAGGCACAAAAAGCUUUUGAUGGUGUCGCCUCUGGUCCAACGUCGAGCGCAGCGCUCUCAGUGCCCCCUCCCCCCACUAGGGGGCGCCCACUGCACCGCCAUAUAUUGCAAUCUGACGCUCUCAUCCUGCCGCACGGUUUCGUUCACGGUGCCCGUGUUCGUUGUGUUUUUUUGUUGACGUGUCGUUUAAUUUACACAUUUCCGACCUUACGAACGUCGUGAAGGGAGACGUCGACGUUGCGUCACACCGGGGCGCCUGCGCUCCCUUCCUGUCGUUGUGUCUCCAUGGAAACACGACUCGCUGCCAGUCGAAGACCUUCAUGUUCACCGCCUCCUGCUGCGUUUAAGUCUGGGCUUCAGUUAUUUCACGAGGAGAAGCUGCGACUCGUGGACCGGUUCUGUCUCGCAGGAUCAGAUGUUCUGGUUCCUCUCGGCCCGCGGAGACACAGCCGGUGUUUUGUCUAAAACUCCAAAGGUACACAGCUUACUGUCACGGACGACAAAGAAAAGGCUCAAAAGUCAUCUCACAAUUUUGAGCUUUUUUUGCUUGGGGAAAAUAUAAUUAAUUAUGACUUGUUAAUUUCUUUUCUGCGGAUGUGUCAGCGACUCACCACAGAAAAGUGGAGGAAACGCUGGUUGCUCAUCCAUCGCUCAUAAUUUCACUUCAAUGGAAAACCAUCCAACAUUAUGAAGUUUAUCUGUAAUUUUCCCGCCUUUUUUCUUUAAUUGUCCGUCAUUGCCAGAGCCGCGCGGUGGUUCAACGCCCAGCGGUCAGUUUACAGACGAAGCCUCGAGGCUUCACCACUUGGACCAAACCAACGUGCCUGGUCAGGGGUGGGGGGGUGGGA